GAACGUUACAUCCUGGCGAUGAAAUUCGAGAGUUAGAUGGAGAAAGUGUGGAGAAUAAAUCAAUCGAAUCCUUACAGUCUAUUUUGGUAAUCAUGCGCUUCGUCUUGCUUUUUUCUAAAACAUAUUCUAUAUAGCCGUGUUUACACUAAUGACUGACAUUUACCCAAGACUUAUCUGUAUGUGGAAAGUAUCUCACUGAGGCCUGACACAUAUAGCUACGGACCCGAAUAUUGCAAAUUGCACCAUUCUAUGUGCAUGCAAAAUGAAGUAAAAAUCAUCUCUUUCUCUGAAUACUGAUUUUACUGACUUGAAUUUUAACUAUAUUGUCAUUAGGGAUGCAUCAACCGGAUAGCGGUAUCCGAUAUCCAGUAAAAUCUAGACAUCCGAAUGUAUCCGGUAACAUUUAGUUUGUAUUUACCAGAUAGUACUGGAACUUUUAUUAGAACAAUGAAACGGGACUUAUUUCGGCUAUUAUGAUGUUUCUAAAUAUUUAAUUAACGAACUUUCUCUUAGCCUCAUUUUAUUAAUAGACAUCUUGUGUUUUUAAACCAAGAACAAUGCCUUAACAUCUAUUUAAUAACAACGACGUUUCGAAGUUUAGAUAAUACAAUAAACUCCGAAACAUUAAAUAAAUGUUAACCCUUGUUCUUGAUUGUUAAAAACACAGAAAGGCUGUUAUGAUGUUGUUAUUUUUAUGAAUUAAAUUUUCUAAAACUUCAUGGAGUCACCUUAAAUUAAACCUAGCGUUAUAGAAUGGACUAUAUGUCUUGUCUUUGAUAUUGUAUUUUUUUGUAUUGUUCUUCAAAUAUAGAAACAAGCUAGUGGCACUGUAACGUUUAAAAUCGUCCCAAGUUUCAGACACGAAAAUACAGAACGAGGGGUAAAUUUUAACUUGUUUUAUAACGUUGUAUAGUACAGUUUAUAAUCCCCAACAAAUAAAUGCACUUUUCAAAUAUUGCCAAGAUUUAUAAACUAUAGAAAGAUGUGAUAUCAUUGGUCCUCGAAACAUAGAUAGAAUUUGAGUCUUGUCAUUCCCAUCAUGCAACAUAUAUUUUCCUUGUUCGCAAUUGUUAUUUCGAAACAAUCCUUGGGAAUUUUGCAUACUACCCAUAUUAGAAAUCAUAAGGAAUUUUGCAUACUACCCAUAUUAGAAAUCAUAAGGAAUUUUGCAUAUUACCCAUAUUAGAAAUCAUAAGGAAUUUUGCAUACUACCCAUAUUAGAAAUCGUAAGGAAUUUUGCAUAUUACCCAUAUUAGAAAUCAUAAGGAGUUUUGCAUACUACCCAUAUUAGAAAUCAUAAGGAAUUUUGCAUACUACCCAUAUUAGAAAUCAUAAGGAAUUUUGCAUACUACCCAUAUUAGAAAUCAUAAGGAAUUUUGCAUAUUACCCAUAUUAGAAAUCAUAAGGAAUUUUGCAUACUACCCAUAUUAGAAAUCAUAAGGAAUUUUGCAUACUACACAUAUUAGAAAUCUGCUGCUUUCUAUUGAAGCAAUUCUACUAUUACCAGGGUACUAUUAAAUCUAAAAUUGUAUUUGAUAUCUUUCUAUAGAGUUUCGUAAAAGCGUUAUUUUCUUACGAUCCAAGAGGUGAUGAACUUAUCCCAUGUCAACAAGCAGGCUUGGCGUUCCAGGUUGGCGAUGUAUUGGAGAUAGUUUCAAAAACAGACUUCAACUGGUGGCAG